AUGGUAGAUACAACCGCAUCGAGUACUACAUCCACAAACAAAGAUCACAUUCGUUCAAGUACAGCUAUUUGCUCGACUGCUAGUUAUUCGACCGCAUUUACCUCAUCAGCAGCACGACCAGGCACUGCGCAUACCAGACAACACCUAUCAUGCUUUCAUGUUUGUCUUGUUCAAGGUCGAGGAGUGGUUAGUGAGGUUGGGUUUGCUGCUAUAGAUCUACGCACCAGCGAGUGUAUUGUCUCACAGUACGGAGAUACCCCAACAAAUACCAAAACGCUGCAUUGGCUUAGUACACUUGAUCCUAUACAGAUCAUUCUUGCAACAACUGCAAUAGAACCCACCCCAUCAAAGCUGUACCAGCUGAUUGAUCAGGGUAUGCCUGACAGUGACAUUGUUGCCUUCAAUCGCAAGUUUUUCAACGACGUGACUGGACUGGCUGCUGUGAGACAGCUCGGUCUUUAUGCACACACCGAAUCUUUGAUUCCUGGCCUAUCUACAAAAUGCUACUGUUUAUCUGCACUUGCUGCUCUGAUCAAAUAUAUUGAAAAAGUUCAGAAUGUUGUAUUUACCAAUCGUUCACUCAAAUUCAAGUUUGUCACCAUUGAUGGAAUUAUGAUGAUUGAUCCUGCAACAGCACGCAAUCUAGAAUUGGUAUACAACCUGCGCGACAGGCAAAGCAAGAAUUCUCUUUUUGGCGCGCUGAAUAAAACCAAGACAUCAAUGGGAGCACGUUUGCUAAGAAUAAGUGUUCUUCAGCCUCUGUUUGUACUCAAGGGAUUCCUCGAUAUUGAUCAUCUGAUUAGUUCAUUGAUUCAAGUUAAUAGAAAACAGACAAUCAAGUACUCUGAGCAAGCAAUCAACAACAUUAUUAUACUUAAACACAUUCUACUACAAACAAUGCCGCUAGUAACGUGUCUGAAUGCACCCACCUCGGCAUUAUUGGCUGCACUAGAAUUGGCUUUGAAUCAACCGUCUAUAAACGAGCUGAUUUUAACUAUCGACAAAGUUAUCAACAAAAAUGUCAAGUUUGAAAAGUCUGCAAUAGGACUACGUAAUCAACGGUGUUUUGCUGUAAGAUCUGGAUUUAAUGGUCUCUUGGACGUUGCAAGACAGACAUUCAAAGAAGCUACUGCUGAUGUGCACGAUCUUGUAAAAUUGUAUUCAAACACAUACAACCUGCCAAUCAAACUUGUAUAUACACCUACAAGUCAGUAUCAGAUGCAGUUGGGGGAGGAUUUUAUUUCUGUUCAAAACAAAAGGCUCCCUGCCGAGUUUAUCAACUCUACCAAAAAGCGCAAGCAAAUUACAUUUACUUCUUUAAAGUUGAUGAGUCAAAAUGACCGCAUACAGGAAUCACUGACUGAAGUGUAUUUGAUGGGAGACAAAAUUAUGUUUGAUCUUACUGCGCAAAUACGAGAGUAUCUAUCUAUGCUAUAUCAACUUUCAGAGACUUUGGCGCUAUUGGAUAUGAUUGUUUCUUUUGCUGCAGUGGCGAAAUCGUGGAAUGGCAUUCGACCAGAAUUUACAAACACACUUGCAAUCAAAAAUGGUCGCCAUCCCAUUCUUAUUUCAAUGGGGAAUACAGCAAUUAAAGUUGUCCCAAAUGAUGUGUUUGCAGAUUCUGCUAGUAGAUUGCAGAUCAUCACAGGACCAAAUAUGAGUGGGAAAACAACAUACCUUCGACAAAUUGCACUACUGAGUAUUUUAGCACAGAUCGGAACAUUUGUGCCAGCAGAGUAUAUUUCAGUGCGACUAGUGGACUGUCUGUUUUCACGUAUUGGAACAGAUGAUAGUUUUGAAGCAAAUUCGUCUACAUUUAUGUGUGAGAUGCGUGAAGCAGCAUUUAUACUAUCCAAUGUGACAGAAUCUAGUUUGGUGAUUAUUGAUGAGCUUGGACGUGGUACAUCGACAAGUGAUGGGUUUGGAGUUUGCUUUGCCAUUUGUGAACAGUUGCUGAACACGACGAAUGCAUUUGUGUUUCUGGUGACGCAUUUUGAGCAGCUUGCCAAAAUAUUUGUAGGUGCAGAUACCACGGGCGUUGUUGUAUUGCAUCUACAUGCUAGCACAAUUGUGGCACGAAAUCAAGAUCUGGAUAGCAUAGGGAUGUCGUUUUCAUUCAAAGUUAAACCAGGAGUGAGCACGAUCAAUGGGUAUGGGUUGUUGGCAGCUCAAGCUGUUGGGUUCAAUGCAGAUAUUUUAAGCUGUGCCAAAAAAGUUUCUGAUUUGAUGUAUAUGACCAGAUCCAACAAAAAAAAGAAAUAUUGA